ACAAAGCCAAACAUCCCGCUUUUGUUUGAUUCAACCAACCAUCUUUAUAAUAUAAUGCCCGGAACUAAACUUUGCUUUAGACCACCACCACCGCCCAGUUCAAUCGACGACUCUUAUUCGCCCGCUUAUCCUCGCUUGCACCUACUUCAAUCUUUACGAAAACCUACGACAAAUGCGGGUUACUGUCAAACGUUGGCAUGCAGUGGCACAAUGGCGUUGGGACACCGGGAAUGACGAUGCAGACGGUGAUGAGGGCGACGUUUGUGGAAUAUGUCGAGUGCCAUAUGAAGGAUGUUGUCCGUCGUGUAAGGUUCCAGGAGACGAUUGUCCUCUAAUUUGGGGCGAAUGCAGCCAUGUAUUCCAUAUGCACUGUCUUCUGAAGUGGAUUGGAACUGCAGCUUCUAAGCAGCAAUGUCCCAUGGAUCGAAGAGCAUGGGUCACUGCUGAACGAAAAGUGGCAAAGCCCAUGAUAUCGUCUUCAUGAUUAUUGGAUUGUACUUUCGAUCUGUAUCCAUAUUACCCCUCCUUGUAUUUCCCUUCGCCCGGAUCAGACAAACUUAUCCGUGGAUCUUGCUAUACCCUCUUCCCGACUUUCACUUUCACUUGCCAAGAGUGUAAAUGGUCGUGCAUUGUCGUUGAUCUAUACAGAACCUGUAAUAUGCUUUUUCUUCCAACUUGGUCAUGGACGCAAACCAAUAUGUUAUAUAUGUACACAAAAAACA